ACACUUAGUUCGCGUUAAGCACGUCGUCUGUCUGUUUUCCUGUCUGUUACAGAAACACAAAAUGCGAUAUAUAAAGGGCGGGUGACCCCGUGGAUUUUUCACGACUAAUAGUAUAUAUGUAAAAAAAAUUCCCCACAUCACAGCCACAUCUUUCAGCACAAAAUUGGAUGUCUUUGCAAUAGAAAUGUUUUUACAUUAUGUAAGGCGGAAUUGAGCCUUUAGGCUUCUUGUUAAGUUUGAUAGCAAAAUGAACCCCGAAAAAGUUUUGGGAUACUUCCGCAAAGGUAGACAAAAUUAAAUUCAAAUGGAAAAAUAUUUAUACGUAAAUAUUUUGUUAUUUUUCAGAGCGCGACAGAUUUUAUGGGCUUUUAAAAUCCAUAGAUAAGAAUAUGUCACCUCGUUACAGUGUAUACUUGAUGUUAUUGCAAAGAAAUGUAAAUUAAGAAUAUGCAAGUAUAUAUAACAAUCGGUUAUAAAUGAUUUUUAUGUUUAAACAUCAAUUUAAUGUUUGUGAUACACCUAAUUUGUCAUUCAAGCUUUCACAACGCAUCAAAUUUUUAUACGAAUAAAUUGUUUUAGUAGUUUACUAUUUAUCUCUUUAACCGCUUUUAGUUACUCACUAUAAUAAUCUGAACAAUAUCUUCGUUCGUAUUUAUUGUUCAUUUAUUAAUAAAGGAAUUGUUCAAUGUAAUACUACUAUCUCUCUAUAAAUUUCGUUCUUAGAAAUAACUUUUGAAACUUGAAUUGCAUUUCAACUCACAUGAAUAAAUUUUUGUUUAUUGAACAGUAUUUUUAUUUUCGUUUAUAUAAUAUGCUGCUUACAGGCCGUGAGAAGAUAUGAAGGGUACAGAUUAUACAGACGUUUGUUAAAAAAAUUGUUGUUUUAUCGUCGGAUAUUUCACAAUGGCAUCAAAGUAUGGUUAUUAUGAACAACAGUUAGAUCGACUACGUAUGCUUGCGUACAUCACAGAACGACGGCUUUUAGCUCUCGGUCAAUUACAAUGUAGAAGAUUCUCUUUUGAGUUGUUGCCAGAUAGAUAUGAUGUUAUUACACGGAUAUUUGAUAAUCCCAACCAUCACCAUCCAGUCUUGCAAGUCCUGUGUUUGUUUUUGUUUCGAUAUAGUGUGGACCAAUCGGAUCCGUUAAAAAGAAUCAACAAGGUCUUGGGAAAAUGUAAUUUUGAUUCUGAAAUUAUAACGGAGGAGGAUUUGUACUGGCCUGAAAUUACCCCAUCCAUCGAUAACGAUAAAAAGGCAAAGGCUUUCAACUCUCAGCAAAUCGUGCGGAAAAGAAUUUAUUGGGAGAUAUCAACAAAAGCAGCCAGCCAGUGCAGAUAUUUGGCUCAUUUUUUACUCAAAUUUGAAGAUGUGGAAAACAUUUACAUCGAUUCACCAGAUAAUGUUAAUAAACGAAUACUUGAUGUCCUAAAUUGCUGGGAGAAAAGAACGGUAAACGAAUACAAAACCUGGCAAAAUCUAAGUGGUGUAUUGCAAAUGUUGGAAACCCCUAUCCAGUUGGGUGAAGUAGAAGAUAUUCAUGAAAAAAUAAUAAGCCAUUCCGUAUAUCAGAAUACAUCUACUAAAAUCAUUAUCAACUUAAAAAUGAGAGAGGAAAUUCGCAGCAUUGAAGUUAAAAAACAAGAACGAGAAGAGGACACUUUCGCUGUGAUAGAAAAGAAUAAAGAAUAUAAAGAACGAAAAUUCGAAAACGAUUUUUAUUUUAUCUUUAACAAAGAACUUAUGAAGAGUCAACUGCAGUUCAAAAUUGUGGAUUGCAAUGGGAAAAGAUAUUCUCACGAAAUUCCAAAUAUACGUACAGCACUUUCGGAUCAUCAGUCAAGGUUAAAUUCCUUAACUGUUGCAGUGAUAAGUCAUUUCAGCGUGGAUGUAUGCGAAGCAAUAGAAGAUCUUUUGGAUGAAUUAGUCCUACCAACAGAAAUAUGGUAUAAUUGCGGUGGAGGCUUAAAAUCAAAAGUAAGUUACCAAGAAUGGCUAAAUGUUUGCAAAUCGUACACAAAGGAUUAUUACGGACAUCCCACUGCGAAUGCAAUCAGAACUGUCCUAAUCUUUCCGCCUUAUUAUGUGAAACGAGAUAAAUUUUCAAAACUUUUACAUUGGUCAAAGAUCUUUCUAAAAGAAGCAGCUGCAUUGGGUGGUGGAGUCGGAGCGGUGUUGUGGCAUUAUGAUGCAAUUAGUCAUCUUAAAUUCAUGCAACUUUCUGAUUUGAGAGGUCUUAUCAGCGAAAAUCCUAUCGACUACAGAAAAAGGAUAUUGGUAAUUUGUCCCAACCCUUUAAUGAUAUUCAACAUCAGAUAUACGGAUGAAAAAGUUGUCAACUCCAUUAAUGACGAAAUAAGGAAGGGAGACGAAGAUAUUAAACAUCUAUCAGUUAUCUUGAACAAUAGUGUGAAAAAAAGCCCAACAGUAUUUGCAAACAUCAUUGCUGCCCCUAAUUUUAUCAAACAAAGCGAUCAUUUGAGCUGUGCUAAUUGCCACAUCAUGGACGUGGUAAAUUUAAUUGACCAAGAAUCCAGUGUAUCAUACCUUAACAACUUGGUAAAGAGUAUCAGUCAAGCCAUUGCUUUGAGUCCAUCCACAAUCUCCCAAGGUAGCUUUAUGACGAUCCUGAGCUCAAUAACCGCAUUUAUGGCAACAAGAACCGCCUUCUCGCAUGGCAAUUCUAAGAGUGCUGUACCGUCUCUAAAUCGAGGAGGAACAGAUCAGGUUAAAUCAAUGUUUGUGCUUACUCCAAAUCAACUAAAGGUAAUACAUAGUGCUGAAAAUAAAAAAGUUGUACUUGGAAAUUUUGGAUCGGGUAAAACGUUAGUUGGUGUGUAUCAAUUACAGGCCCUUUUGGAAUUGGCAACGGAAAAGACGGUGAUCUAUUACAUAUCCUGGAGUGACACGAGUCCGUUGACAACAGAUGUCAAAAGAUUUCUUUUUUCCAUUCUUCAACUUGAAGUUUCUCGCGAUGAUGACAUUGCAGAAUUUUUCUACGUUGGAGAUGUCUCCGUAUAUGUUUGGCUUUUCAUACAUUCCAUCGCUUUCCUACUUGCUCGAUUUGUUGCUUGACAAGCACUAUGAUAAAAUAUUUCACCUUAUUAUUGAUGAAUUCGAUGGCGAAUCACUAGAUAUGAAGGAUGCUGUGGCGAUUAGAGAGCGUCUAGAAAAAGAUACCCUGGCGAAAUCGUGUGUCCUUGUU